AUGUGGUUUCUGUCAAGUGUUACAUACGUAUCUCUGUUAUUUCUGUAAACUUCAUACUAAUUUAACUAUUUGUCAUUAUCGAUUAUUGAAUUUCCAACUAUGUUAAUCAGGAUAUUUUGGCGCAAUAGGAGAGACAAAAAGACAUAUGCAUCAUCGUAUAACUUUAUCACUAUAUGUUGCAGUGGUAAAUAAAUGACAAUGGCGCACACCAGUCAAAACCAUGAAGCAUUCAAAAGCGCAAAACUAAAAGAAAACCGACAAUAUGAAAUCCCAGAGGAUAAGAGUGCUGCACAGACUGGCUUAGACAUAUUAUGUGCAUCUCAAGUAGAUCGCAAUAUAAGCGACGAAAAUGUAGAGAAAAAGAUAUCACUGUUGAAACAUUUACUAGGAAAGGAUUUGAAAGCUGCUGAUUUUAAAUGGUCUCUUUUUGUAGCAGCAUCCAACACUUAUCGCUAUGAUACUUGUUUAAAGCCAUUUCCACCCAUGUACAUUAAAAAUGAAUGCAAGGAUAUCGAAGCAUUGAGGAGGGCUAUAGAGACAGUCCCUCCUUUGUCUGUAAUAUUCAAAGAACUCAGUGAAGCUGGUGUAUAUGAAAACUAUGGUGAGGCAAUAGAAUUAUUAUAUUGGGUAUUGCUACGAUUAAGAGAUCCACAUAUCAAGAGUGUGCAGAAGGAAUACUACGAUUGGGUACUAAAAAAGGUACCCCUGGAAAUGCCAGCUGCAGCACCAAAUCUCAUAUUCCAAGUAGAGAGUAUGAAACAAUCUACGAUGGAAGAGAAAUGGAAGUCGAUCAGGAAAGAUCAAACGACAUUUUAUGCGUAUCAUGGAACUCGUUUGGAAAAUUUCCAUUCCAUUGUGCAUUAUGGUUUGCAGCAGAACAUGUGCAAGAGAUCGGAAUUUGGCAAGGGAAUAUAUCUUUCGAGCGAAUUAGGGGUGAGUUUACCCUACAGUCCUGUGGGUUAUGGAUGGGGAGGUAGUGUUCUUGGAAGCGAGAUAAGUUGCAUAGCACUUUGUGAACUGAUUAAUCAUCCUGAUAUAAAGAGAGGCGACUCAAGUGAUGUUAUGCAAAACACAUUGGACGAUUCUAUGGGUGGUAGAAUACCGAAUAAGUAUUACGUGGUGACCAAUAGCGACUUGGUGAAAGUACGCUAUUUGCUCGUCUAUGCUCAGGAUGUCCAAACAAUCAGUGCUAACACUAAUAACUCGGGAUUGCUGACAUGGUUUAAACAACACAAAUUAUUGACAUUCGUGCUCGGUUAUGUCGUAUUGCUAGCUUCGGUUGGAUUGACACAAAACAAACAAGUAGAAAAGUACUAUAGGUCAUUUAUCCAAAAAGCAGGACUCGAAUGAAAGGAAGACGAAGUGCGGGCACUUUAUGUUGAGAUGAUAAGUCGAGAUCUUGAUAUGACACAAAGGUUAUACAAGCAAUAUAUACACAAAAUAUUAGGAUAUGUGUGUCAAAGUCCACAUGUAUUGUAAAAAGCUAUACAUGUGCAGUUGUAUCGGAAGAAAAAAAUGUAGAAAAAGUA